AUGGAGUGUGCAUCUGUCUUGAAAAGCAACUCUACUAGACCACCACCUCAAGAGGGGUCUAGAGCAGUUAAGCUCGUUGUCCUCGGUGAUGACGGUGCGGGAAAGACAUCUCUCGUCGCCGCAUACGCAGAUAAACGCUUUUUGAAUGAUGACGAGCGAAAAGAUAUCUACGAUGCAUUCAGCGUUGGAGUGGACAUAGAGGGUAAAGCGAUAGACUUCCGAGUCAAUGACACAGUUGGCGAAGAAGGCUACGACAGACUUCGCCCCUUGGUAUAUCCUGGAACGCACGUCAUGAUCCUCGUCUAUUCUGCUGGGUCCCCUGACAGCCUCCGCAACGUCCAGACAAAAUGGCUUCCUGAAAUUGACCACCACGCUAGUAUACGGGUGCCACCGCUGGUGCUAGUGGCGAACAAGACGGAUCUGCGUGGCGACCACGAUAAGGAAACGCUCGUAACCACAGAACAAGGCAAAAAAGUCGCCCGCAAAAUCGGAGCAGAACACCUCGAGUGCUCCGCCAAGACCGGCGAGGGAGUCGAGGCAGUGUUCGACGUUGCCUGUCGUCUUGGUGUUGGGGAGUCUGACAGGCCGACGCUGAGACCUAUCUGUAGAGGGGGCCCUUGCAUCAUAUGAUGUGCUCCAGAAGAGUUGGAUUCCAGAAGCCUGCCACUCGAUUGGUCAUAUGGUCAGAGAAUGGGGCGACGGCUCGAGUCUGCUUUUUGUAAUGUACUCUACAGAUUGUCGUGUCAUAUAAUCAGCUUCCUG